ACAAACCGAGAGAAACACAACAAAAAGGAAGAAAAAAAAAUCGGCGAAAAAGGCGACGAGGAAGGUGAGGAGAUUGCUUCGUCGAGGAGGGGAUUGGUAGAGGAGAGGUCGCCGCUCGCCGCUCGCCGCCAUGGAGACCCUGGCGCUACUGUGGGGGAUCAUCGGGCCGGGAGUGGCCGGCGCGGUCUUCGGCGCCGGAUGGUGGUUCUGGGUCGACGCCGUCGUCUGCAGCGCCGUCCAGGUCUCCUUCCUCCACUACCUACCUGGGAUCUUCGCGUCGCUGGCGGCUCUCAUGUUCAACGCCGUGAACAAGGACGAGAUCGGAUAUGACUAUUACUCGCCCUACGGGGACGAUUCCGAGUGGAGGGUGAAGCUUUGGCUUUUUGUGGCAUAUGUUGUUUCAUUUGUGUGCUUAGCUGGAUCAGUGGGUAUGUUGGUGCAAGAUGCAUUGACAGACAAAGGCCCUUCUGUGUGGACUGGUGUUGCGGGUGUUCUGCAAUGUGUUCUUGUAUUGAUAAGUGGGUUGAUAUAUUGGACGUGCCACUCUGAGGAGUAAGGGCCAGAAUGCUGUGCGUUUCACCAUCCUUGCAGUGGGUGAAAAGAUUGUGGUCAUGAUGCUCCGAAGAAAUCUUCUAUACCAUUGCCAUUGUACGGUUUUGUGUAAAAAAAAGAUGCUCAUUUCGUGUUGGGAAGGCUGGAUGUUCAUUUGUGCAUAACUGAUGAUCCUUAAGAUUAGUAUAUGUUUAUCAUAAUUUCUUUCUAGCUUCUGAUUUCUGAAA